ACAGCUGGAUCUGAGACAUCUGCCUCUGUCACACUAAUGGCAAACAAUAGAGCUCUGGCAGCAGCAUUAGGUACAAUAAUUAUUACUUAUGUUAGGAGGAGAAGACAGAGUGGCCAAAUAGUUGGAGCGCUGGGCUUGAAAUUUGUGAGGCCCCAAUUCAAGUCCCGCCCUUACCACAGGCUGGAUUUCUUCUUGGUAGUCCUAAAAUCACAUCGUUGGCCAACUGGUUUGCGUCCUACCAGUUGGGAUUUUUUUUGACCAUUUUAUGUUCCAUUGUGUGUUUUAUAAUCCCUGAAAAGCCCCAUGAGGGUAGGCUCGAUUUCCUCCACUAUCUCAUUUUCCGAACAGCGGCUGGUAAUUGAGCCUACAUGAGGGGAGAGGUUAUUAAAGUAUUUUCUUCUUCUUCUUCUUCUUCUUCUUCUUCUUCUUCUUCUUCUUCUUCUUAUUAUUAUUAUUAUUAUUAUUAUUAUUAUUAUUAUUCCAAUUUUGUUUGCUAGUUGUAUUUUGUAGUAAAUUUUAGAGGAAUUACCAUCUUUUGACAAAAUGGAUAGCACAGUUUAAGGUAUUCAAUAAUUAAUAUUGUUAGUACUUCUUGUUUUGGUAAUAUAGCUGUAAAUGCUAAUCUUUUUUCAGCGGAGGCACAGCAACAAGUAAGAUCCCUGCACCAAGAAAACAUCAAUCUGAAAAAGCAAAUUUGUGACAACCAUCUUAAUUUUGUUGAGAAAAGCAGCAAACUAGAGAAACAAGUGAAAUCUGUUGAAUACCUCUCAAAAGAAGCUCAGGUAAGAUUAAGGUCUGCUGUGUUUUCCUUGGGCAAGUACAUGUACCCUUGCUGUAAUAAACCUUCUGCUCAUGUUUUCACCAUAAUAUUAGAUGGAGGCAUUAGGUUGAGUAGGGAAAGCUGGAAAGUUGGUUGGAGAGUUGGUUUUUCUAUUUUGCUUGAAGGUGUUAAUGUGCUAAGAGUAUACUGGUGCUGAUGCUCCCCAAAUUUAGAACCCCAUCCCCCACAGCAAAACUUGCGAAUAAGUGCCCUCCCUCCCUUGUCUUCACUUUCCUAAAUAAGUUAAGUAUAUCCUCUUUCUUCUCUCACUUUUAUAAUAAAAUUAUUAUUAUUGUUUUUUACACUUUGGCUAUACUUGCAUCGCAGUACAGGAGAACAGUGUCUUCUUCACUGAGCAGGGGGGAAAGAAUGUCAGUUUUACAGCUUGUUUUUGAGCAAGCUGUAGCUAGCAUGUACCAGCUCAAGUGUCAUUUUAACUACAAGCCAGAAAUAAUUCUUUCAAGACCAGAUUAGUUACUAAUCUCCUGCAAUUUGAAUUCCCCCAAAAAACUUCACUUUCCCCAUCGGGCAAGUUAUAAAGAACAGAAUCCACUAGGUCAAUAGCAAAAACCACUGGCCCUGAGCUAUCAGACAUGACUUUCUCUGAAUGCUGCUGAGUUAGUUCUACAUGCAUAGUUGGUCUCUGUGUCCAAGAUGGUUACGAACUUUAGUCUAAACUAUCCUUUUAAGGGCCCAUGUUCACCCAAGUGGCUUUGCACGCUUGUGUUUUUGUUUUGAAAUGCCUUUUUUCAGUCUUUUGUCAAAUUCAGUGUUUUGAUUGGGCAGAGCGUUCACCUUUUUCACGUUUGGCCGAAGCGUGACUCUACACACACUGAAGAUGGCAAUUUUCAACUACGCGAAAUCAUUUUCCUGGAGUACAGGCAUGCAAAGUUGCUUUGGUGAACAUGGGCCUUUAACAAUUGUAGUAAUAAAUGUUUCAUAUUGUUAUAGGUUGUCUUCAGUAAGGUUUACAACCUGCUUAGUCAGUCCUCCGCAUUUUAUGUCCAAGGAACCAACGUUCUGUCAGAUGCUGUAAAUCUUGUCAGUUCUAGUCUGUCCAAGGUAGAUGUAAUGGACAAUAGUGAGCAAUAUAUGGAGCCACCGGAAGUAAACAUUGCAUGCACCACCCCUCCUCCUGAUGAGCCAACAGAGAUGGAAUUUACAGCAUCACAGUCUGUUGUUAUUGAAACUUUUGACCCAGCCAUGACUGGAGGUUUGUUAAAUUUGCCUUUUUGGUAGUAGUUGUCCUCAAGAACAUGAAUACGUUAUUAAUUUUAUUUAUUGAUUGUUCCUUUUUAGAUCCACUAAUUCAGUCAAAGCAACCAGAUGUUGAUGAUGAUGGAAUGUCAUUAGACAUUAUAACACAAGAACUUGCCACAAGACGUUCAAAGAGGAAAAGUUGCACGGGCGUCAGUUAUGCUGAACCGGGUCUUCGCAAGUAAGGAAUUUUUACUGUUAGUUUUUACUUUCAUUUUGUACUGUUAUUUCACUCUGAUUUUCAUAGUACGUACAUUUCAUACUGUACAAUACAUGCUUGUAAACUUAAAACAUGGCAGCAGUUAUUACAAACUAAACUUUGCAGUGAAACUACUCCUGGGACUUAUGGUUCCACUUGAGGUUUGAACAUUUUAACAUUGUUUUUGUGGUUGAUAAGAAACUAGAAAACCAUGGGAAAUUUUUGCUAAUUUGGUAAUAUUAUUUUUCACUGUUAUCUGUGUUACUGUUAAAUAGCAAACUGCGCAGAGGUGACCCAUUUACAGACACCAAGUUAUUUGGAGUAGAAUUGGUGAAAGACUCUAGGAAAAGUAAGUCCACUUGA